UGAACUCCUCUCUAAUACAUCAUUAUUCAGGUAAUCAGUUCCAUUACACUUUCAAAUUAAAGAAGAUAUGGACUCAGAGAAGUUGAGCUUCCAGGCUGGAGAGGCCAAGGGCCAAGCUCAGGAGAAGGCAAGCAACUUGGUAGACAUGGCUAGCAAUGCAGCUCAAUCUACAAAAGAAACCAUGCAACAGGCUGGUCAGCAGAUGAUGGCAACAGCACAAGGAGCUGCUGAAGCUGUGAAGAAUGCAACUGGCAUGAACAAAUGAAGAUCUAUAGGAUUCAAGAUGGAUUUAAUUUGACCAUCAAGUUUCACUCAGUUUUUUAAUUUAAUUUCUUCUCUUUUAUUUAGGUUUGUUUUUAUGUGACUCUUAUUAAUUAAGGAGUCCUAUGAAUAACUAUCAAGUAUUGUUUUAAGAGCAAAUUAAAAACAGUAUAUGAUGUAGCCCUUAUUCUAUUAAUCAAUGAAAUUACAUAUCUCAGGAUAAUUU